AUGGCGGCGCUUGAUCAGAAAUCCCCCAACGUGCUUCUGCAGAAUCUGUGCUGUAAGAUCACGGGCAAGAGUGAAGUGCUGAAACAAAGACGGGAAGCAGAUGCUGCCCUUUUCUCUGAGUUGCACAGAAAGCUUCAGACCCAGGGUGUAUUGAAACAUAGAUGGUCCAUCUUAUACCUCCUGCUCAGCCUCUGUGAGGACCCAAGGAAGCCGUCUAACCGUGUUCCUGUGUGUAGUUAUGGAGCUCUGCUCGCCCAGGCUCGUGAUGUCCACUCCACCCCGUUUUACUAUGCCCGUCCCCAGAGCCUCCCGCUCAGCUACCCAGAGCGCUCAGCCACUGCCCAUAACUCCAGCAUGGCUACCAGUGGCAUCAGCAGUAUGGGAGUAUUCUCGAUCAAUGGGCCUGGGCCGACCCCUCUGCUCACUGGACCAGGACCCCAAGCUGUCGGUGAGUCUAUGAGAGGGUCUCGUCUAGCCUGGACUCUCCCGGUCUCCAGUUCACCCUCUGGGGCAGCUGCUGCCCCUCGUCCCCCCAGUGGACCCUCUUCCAGUCCGGCACCCAAACUCCCACAGAGACAGAGACGGGAUGAAGAUGGCAGUGCUGAGAUUGGGGAGGCUGCUCUCGUCCGAGACAUUCUUUAUGUUUUCCAGGGAAUAGAUGGAAAGUUCAUCAAGAUGUGCAGCCCAGAAAACUGCUACAAAAUUGAUUCAAAGGUGCCACUGUGUAAGUCUCUAAGAGACACUAGCAGCAGGCUAGCAGAGCUCGGCUGGCUCCACAAUAAGAUUAGAAAAUAUACAGAUUCCCACAGCCUGGAUCGAGCCUUUGGCCUAGUCGGGCAGAGUUUUUGUGCUGCAUUGCAUCAAGAGCUGAAGGAGUACUACAGAUUGUUGUCUGUACUUCAUGCACAGCUCCAGGUGGAAGAUGAUCAGGGUGUAAACAUGAGUGUGGAUAGCAGUCUGACUCUGAGGAGACUGCUGGUGUGGACCUACGACCCCAAGGUUCGGCUGAAAACACUAGCCGCACUGGUGGACUACUGCCAAGGGCGUAAAGGAGGAGAGUUGGCCUCAGCUGUACAUGCUUAUGGAAAGACGGGUGACCCUCACAUGAGAGCACUGAUCCAGCACAUCCUUGGUUUGGUGUCCCACCCCAUUCUUAACUUCCUGUAUCGCUGGAUCUACGACGGGGAGCUGGAGGAUACGUACCAUGAGUUCUUUGUAGCCUCAGACCCAACGGUGAAGACAGACAGACUGUGGCAUGACAAGUACUCACUGAGGAAGAGUAUGAUCCCUUCCUUCAUCACCAUGGAUCAAGCCAGGAAGGUGCUACUCAUUGGCAAAUCCAUCAACUUCCUGCAUCAGGUGUGCCACGACAGGACGCCGCCGGGAAAGAUCAUGCCUGCCUCCAAAUCCACUGACUCUCCCAAAGAUGCGUCAUUGUUGUUCACUGAUCUGGAAGGAGCCUUUCAGAGUAAGAUUGAUGCUGCAUAUUUUGAGACCAGUAAGUAUCUGUUGGAUGUGUUGAAUAAGAACUACCAGCUGCUGGAGCAUCUUCAGGCCAUGAGGAGAUACCUGCUGCUGGGACAGGGAGACUUCAUCCGACACCUCAUGGACCUCCUCAAGCCAGAGUUGGCGAGGGCUGCCACCACUCUUUACCAACACAAUCUAACCGGUAUCCUGGAGACUGCUGUCAGAGCAACCAAUGCCCAGUUUGACAGUCCGGAGAUACUGAAGAGGCUUGAUGUCCGGCUACUGGAGGUUUCUCCUGGAGACACUGGUUGGGACGUCUUCAGUUUGGAUUAUCAUGUAGAGGGGCCCAUUGCCACGGUGUUCACCCGUGAGUGCAUGAGCCACUACCUGCGAGUGUUCAACUUCCUGUGGAGAGCUAAAAGAAUGGAGUACAUCCUCACAGAUAUAUGGAAGGGUCAAAUGUGUAACGCCAAACUGCUGAAGAGUAUGCCGGAGCUCUCUGGUGUGCUGCACCAAUGUCACGUUCUCGCUUCCGAGAUGGUCCACUUCAUCCAUCAGAUGCAGUAUUACAUCACAUUUGAGGUGUUGGAGUGCUCUUGGGAUGAGCUGUGGAAUAAGGUUCAGCAGGCUCAGGAUCUGGAUCACAUUAUAGCAGCUCAUGACGUUUUCCUGGACUCCAUCAUUUCUCGCUGCCUGCUGGAUGUGAACAACAGGCCUCUGUUGAAUCAGUUGCGCGCAGUGUUUGAUCAGAUCAUUGAGUUCCAGACUGCUCAGGACACUCUGUACCGCUCUGCUCUAGAAGAGCUGCAACUACGCAUCCAAUUCGAGGACAAGAAGAGACAGAGGGAAGAAAUGGGUGAGUGGGGUGUAACAGCAGAGCAGGAGGCCGAGGAGAACAGACGUGUGCAGGAGUUUAAAGACGCCAUACCAAAAAUGUGCUCUCAGCUCAGAUUACUCACACACUUCUAUCAGGGCAUAGUGCAGGAGUUUCUGCGGCUGCUAAUGUCGGAUGAGAGUCUUCAGUUCCUCAGUUUCCGUCUGGACUUCAACGAGCAUUAUAAGGCCCGUGAUCCGCGCCUACGGCCCUCGCUAGGGGCAACUAGAGGGAGACGAAGCUCCAACAUCUGACCUUGCAGACCUUGGGAAAGUUAAUGUUAUGUGGUUGCUGUCAAGAGACUGUUUACUAAUAGGGCUAUGCAGAACUUUUCUGGCGCUCUGUAAGAAACUCAUAUAACAGGGAAACUGUUUAUAGAAUGUCCUAUUUAAGUGUCAUCGCCAAAUAAUUUCAGGCACACACAAUCAACUAUCUCGUGGUUUUACAGUGUGAUUGUCAGUAGCACAAGGUCGCAGGUCUGUUUU